AUGAUUGAUCAUGGUUUUAAUAAUCAAUUUCUACAUUGUGAGUUUUUCAUGAUUGAUGGUGAUUUUAAAUUAGUUGAGGUGAAUGGUCGAAUUGAUCCAAGUCUGCCACCUGUCUAUAACAUUGUCUAUGAAAAUGGUGAUUCAUGGCAGGCGCUAUUGCAUCUUGGGAGUGGUAAAAAGGUCACUGCUCCAAAACACAAUGGAAUGUUAGGAAUGUGUGGUUACAUUCAAACAUUUGCCGCAGACAUAGCCGAAAACCUUCUUGAUUUUGAUGAAGUUGCCAAACAUCCAAUUAUGAUGAGAACAUUGUGUUCUCCAAAAGAAAUGGUAGAACAAACAUCGGACAUUUAUGCAACUGCCUUGGCUGAAACGUGUCUUACUGGUUACACUGUCGAUGACUUGAUUAAAAGGCAUCAUGAGCUUUGUAAACGAGUACUGAAGAAACCAGACUUGACUCCUUGGGAAUAAUCAUGAUUAGAAGUUGAAACAAAAUGACAUUCCUUACUAGGUAUACAGCAUACUACUGAUGUAUUCGGACCAUAGCAUAUCAUCAAAUAACAGACAUACAUAUGGCAAUACAUGAGAUUCCCA